UCUGAAGCAAUUAGCAUCACUCAAGUUAGUAUAUGUAACUACAAAAACUAACACCGGCAAUCACAGGAUGCAUCAAGCGACCCUACAAACAGGGAACAGAAGAAAGAAGUCACUGAGGAAUCUCCUCCAGUUGAAUCACAGGAUGCAUCAAGUGACCGAACAGAUAGUGGAAGACCUUCUGUUUUAGAUUCUGUAACUGCACGUGAAGGUGGAAGUUUUGAAGAGCAUUCUAAUAGGAGCUUUCUUGGUGACCAGCACAUAGAUGAAGGUCUGAAGAGGGUAUCUGAUUCAGUUAUGCUUGAACAUGAGUCACUUAGUAGGCCUGUUGAGGCUACCUAGCGAGGCAAUGAGAUUGACCUUAAAGAACAACGGUUAAGCUCAGGAAGCAACUCUUCAGAUGUUACAUAUUCAUUGGUUGAGCUGGAGAAGCUGAAAAAGGAAAUGAAAAUGAUGGAAACUGCAUUACAAGGAGUUGCUAGACAAGCUCAGGCAAAAGCUGAUGAAAUUGCGAAGUUGAAGAAUGAAAACGAGCAAUUGAAGGCUGUCAUUGAGGAUCUGAGAAGGAAGUCCAAUGAUGCAGACGAAUCUCUGCGAGAAGAGUACCAUCGAAAAGUUUUUGCUCUUGAGAGGAAGGUUUAUGCUCUCACCAAAGAAAGGGAUACACUUCGCAGGGAACAGAAUAAGAAAAGUGAUGCUGCAGCUCUUCUAUAAAAUAAAGAUGAGAUAAUUACUCAAGUAAUGGCUGAAGCUGAGCAGCUUUCAAAAAAGCAAGCUGCCCAAGAAGCUCAGAUGAGAAAGUUAAAGGGCACAGUUAGAUCAGAGAGCUUGAAGAAGAGAAGAAAGGAUUACAUACCAAGCUUGAGAUACAGCUGAAGUUCAUCUAAAGAGGGGAGAAAUGUUCAAGAUCUGUUUGGUAUGAAGGAAAAUAUUUGUUGAUGAUAAGUCACUUUUUGGGGUUUUGUUGCCAAAAAAUAUUUUCCACCAAAAAGGGAAGGGGUAAAUGUCUUCUUUUACAUAUGUAUGGAAGUUAUUUUUCUUCACAGUUAUCACAACUUCUAACUUCAUACAACAGCUCCGACCAACACUUAGAAUUAUAAAUCCUUAUUCAUCAACAUACUAACCAAUUUGCUAACAUCA